CUAACGUUAGCUAAAUGUCAACAGAAGAAGAGGUCAUACAAGAAACAUGGCGGCCCGCACACGACUGCCCUUGCUGUUCUCCAAAAACCUACCUCCGUUCAAAAACCAAAAGCUUGCCCACACCGAGGCUGCGGUCAAGGAGCCCACGUAUCCACCCAUCGUCCCCUCUCUCACGGCUAAAAGCAAAUCUGCCCGGGGGCGACAGGUUGAGGACCACGUAAAGAAGAUAUGUGCCUCUCCCGUGGACGAGAAGCUCUCCCUCAUCACUCGCAUCCAGCGGAAGAAAUUUGUGGUGUACCCUCAGACUUUUGCACGGAACGCAGACAGAUGGUACCAACACUUUACCAAGACCGCAUAUAUCCCGGGCCUGCCGGAGAGAUUCGCCCUGGACCCGGAGAAGAGGACCGGGGUAGAGAAGGAGGAGAGCUCGCUGCCAGCCGGAGCUCAAACCACAGUACCGGGGGUUGAAAUUGAUGCGUUCGCGGACAUCCGCUCGUUGGUUACUCGUAUGAUUUUACAGGAGCACUGGCACAUGAAGAAACGCAAACCUUUCCUGUACAGAGAGCAGGAGCAGAUGGUUGGACCUUUUCUGAGAAACUUAGUGACUGGACUCACCUACAGUCUGGCCAAAUACAACCCACUGCUCCCCCUCUCCAGUCUGGAUAUUGAUCCCCAGGUAAACUUUUACUGGAGGAGAGGGCAGAGAAUCAUCCCAAAGGGGCACCGGAGAGGCCGGCAAGAGCCAACCAGGUUUCAGAUCGACGACCAACCACACAGUCAGAUCAGGAUAACUCAACAACUGCCACAGUUCACCUCGCUGGAGGCCUCUUAUGCAGCUGAAGUUCCAGAGGUCGCAUUUGCUCCCAACCUGAUGCCCCUGUUCAGAAGACAGUAUGACAACAACAUCUUUACAGGUGCCAAGUUACCAGACCCGGCAUGCUACGGUCACACCCAGUUCCACCUGGUGCCCGACCGGUACCACAGAGACCGGAUGGCUCGGCAGCAGCAGUCUGAUCAGGUGGAGGUCUUCCUCAGAGCCAAUGGACUCGCCAGCCUCUUCGCCUGGACGGGAGCUCAGGCCAUGUACCAGGGUUUCUGGAACCACGAGGACGUCACCAGGCCUUUCGUGUCCCAGGCUGUGAUCACAGACGGACAGUUCUUCUCCUUCUUCUGCUACCAGCUCAACACAGUGGCCCUCUCCGUGGAGACGGACGCCAACAACCCCAGGAAAAACCUUCUGUGGGGCACAGAGAGCCUGCGACUGUACGAGAGCGUGCAGGACGGAGCGGUGGUGGGUCUGAACGACGAUGUGGUCAAGCUUCUGGUUCAGUUCCUUGUGAACCAGCCGUAGAAGUUCUUCGUUAAGUUUCUGUUUUUGAAAAAAGCUUGAGUCAGUGUUGUCCAAGGCGUUGAAAGGUGCAAGAAAUCAAAAGAGCUCAACAUGGCGGACAUGGGAAAGUUUGUCAGAUUGUAUAAAAUGUAAUUUUCAAAAAAGCUGCUGUUAAACUGGCUUAGGAUUUAAAAAAACUGAACAAUAUACUGAAAAAUUACUGCACACACAGAGUAUUAUUGUGCAGACUGUAUUUAUGCAAAGUAAAAUCAUGCUUUUCAAAUUGAAAA